CGCCCGCCCGCGAUGGCUCCCGGCCCCGCCGCGCCCGCGCUGCCCGCGCUGCCCGCGCUCCUGGCCCUCCUCGGGGCUCUGCUCCCAGGACUUGGAGGUGCCCAGACGUCCGUGGACCCAGCAGAAGCCAUCAUACUCCGAGGAGGCUCUGUGCAGGUGAACUGUAGUACCUCAUGCAACCAGACCUCCAUCUUCGGCCUGGAGACUCUGUUGACUAAGACGGAAGUGACCUCUGGGGACAACUGGGUGCUCUUUGAACUGACUGAUGUGCAAGAAGAUAGCAAGCUGAUAUGUUUCUCAAACUGUCAUGAGCAGACCAUGGCUCCGAUGCACCUCACCGUAUACUGGUUCCCGGAGCGAGUGGAGCUGGCACCCCUACCCCGCUGGCAGCCCGUGGGUGAGAACCUCACCAUGACCUGCCAGGUGGCAGGCGGGGCGCCCCGGACCAACCUCGCGGUGGUGCUGCUCCGCGGGGAGGAGGAGCUGAGCCGGCAACCGGCCGUCGGGGAGCCCGCCGAGGUCACGUUCACGGUGGCGGUGGGCAGAGAGGACCACCUCGCCAACUUCUCGUGCCGCACGGACCUGGACCUGAGGCACCGAGGGUUGGGAUUGUUCCAGAACAGCUCGGCGCCCAGGCAGCUCCAAACCUUUGUCCUGCCAGAGACCCCCCCACGCCUUGCUACCCCCCCGAUUGUGGAAGUGGGCACACAGUGGUCUGUGGACUGCACUCUGGAUGGGGUGUUCCCAGCUUCGGAGGCCCAAGUCCACCUGGCGUUAGCAGAAGAGAGGCUGCACUCCACAGUCCUGUACAAAAAGGACUCCCUCUUGGCCACGGCAAAUGUCAAAGCAAACCCAGAAGACGAGGGUACCCAGCAGCUAUGGUGUGAGGUGACACUGGGAGACGAGAAUCGGAGGUGGCAGGAGAAUGUGACCUUCUAUAGCUUCCCGGCACCCAACCUGACCCUGAGUGAGCCAGAGGUCUCAGAAUGGACUACGGUGACUGUGGAGUGUGAGGCCCCUGCUGGAGUCGUGAUGUCGCUGAGCGGGCUCCCUUCGGGGCUUGCAGUACCCAGGGCACAGUUCCAACUAAAUGCCAGCGCUGCCGACAACAGGCGCAGCUUCUCCUGCUCUGCUGCCCUGGAGGUGGCUGGGCACAUGCUGCAAAAGAACCAGACCCGGGAGCUCCACGUCCUGUAUGGUCCCCGACUAGACCAGAGGGAUUGUCCGGGAAACUGGACGUGGGAGGAAGGCUCCCAUCAGACCCUGAAGUGCCAAGCUUGGGGGAACCCGGUUCCUGAGCUGAAAUGUCACCGGAAGGGGGAUGAUGCUUUGCUCCCCAUCGGGGACCUGAGACCUGUCAAGCGGGAGGUUGCUGGCACUUACCUGUGUCAGGCCCGGAGCCCCCGUGGUGAGAUCACCCGAGAAGUGGUCAUCAACGUGAUCUACCACCAGAACAACAUUCUUAUCAUCAUCCUGGUGACAACCAUUGUCAUCUUAGGAACUGUGAGUGUAGCCGCUUACCUCUAUAACCGCCAGCGGAAGAUCCAGAAAUACAAGCUUCAGAAGGCCCAGGAGGCAGCUGCCAUGAAGCUGAACACACCGGCCACGCCCCCCUGAACCUGGGCCAGGACCCAGCCUCCUCCUCUGCCCCCGACUCGGUGGCAGCAGUGUCACACUGGCAGCGGUGCCAUAAUGAAUGGUGGUCACAAGCCACUCACCUUCCCAGGAUGCCUGAGGACAGGGUAGAGGCCUCAGGAUACAGACAGCAUUUGGGGUCCUGGCACCUGCACAUUAAGGGUCCUCAAGCCUCACACCUGACCUGAAGCCUCAGGACUGAGCCACAAGGAAGGGGCAGGACUUGGGGCAUGACUCUGAUGGACGUCUAAGCCUGACCUGUGUAGAGGGGGUGUAGCGGAACACUCAGCAUGGGAUGCCCAACUGGGAAACCCCGAAACUUCACCCUUACUGCAUGUGCUGAGGCCCUACAGUCCUAAGAUAGAAGUGGCCUGCACACACAGAAAUAGCACAGAAACAUAUAUCCCUAUACUUCCUCUGAUCCAUGCCCUGCUGUCCACUGACUGUCCUCAACUUUUGAUAAUGACAUAUUUAUUAAUUUGUUCUUUUACCAGCUAUUUAUUGAGUGCCUUUUAUGUGGGCUAGAACGGUAAAGGAAGAGGAACGUAGGUUCCUGUCCUCAGGGAGCUCUCAGUCUAACCUAAUUCAGGGUUGCCAGGUACAGUUGUACUAGUUGUGCACUGCACAGGAGUGCCUGGCAAAAAGAUCAAGCAGAGCUGGAAUUUCCCAUUCCAUUGGCUAAGCUGCUUUCCUCCAGAGGAGGACUGGCAAUGGUGAUACAGUUUAGUUGGCGACAUGCCCAGGGACAACCCACUGAGCCCAUACUCCUCCCCCGUCACUGACACUGACCUCUGUUAGCCGUCUCUCUCCCCAUACGCAUCUCUGCUAGUGCUCACGAUGACAUCGCGGCAUGCCUGAACACGAAUGACCACUCACUGGCAGCUAAACUGUGGAGUCCCAUGAAACUGCCCAACCCCUAUGUGUCCCUGCCUGGUCCUGUUUCCAUCUCGGUGGCACCAUACAAGGACACAGCACUCUGGCAGCCCCAAAUUCCUGCAGAGACGAGGGCCCUGUAGGCAGUUGGCAGAAGAGGCCGGCGAGGAUUCCUGUCCCAGCUCCGGAAGCUUCUCUCUUGUAGUAAUAAAGCUUGUCUGUGGGCGCUUGUCUUGUGUGAGUGGAGGGGAGGUGUCAUGUCCAGUUGGGAGUUCUUUCCAGCCACAACCUCCCACUUCCUCCCCCAAGAAAAGGCUGCCGGUUCAAGGCCCACCCCUGAGGCUCUAAUCCAAAUUUGGGGCUUGUUAGGACCUUUUGAGACUCCAGCGAAAAUUAAAGAUCCCUCUCUCCAG